AUGGGCAAUGUACAGCACACCGCCCCCACAAGUCAGAAGGGCACCACUUCGGCUGUCAGGUGCACCGGAGAGACGACCCGCAGGGCGAUACCGCUGGACAAAAAAGGAAAGACUCUACUUCUUCUUUGGCGCCUUCUUCACUGCCUUCCUGGGAGCCUUCCUGGCCGCCUUCUUCGCCACGGGCUUCUUCGCCGCCGCCUUCUUGGUGGCCGGUUUCUUUGCAGAUGGCUUCUUGGUGGCUGGCUUCUUGGUGGCUGGCUUCUUGGUAGCUGGCUUCUUGGCUACCUUCUCCUGAGCGGCCUUAUUGGAAUUUUUUUUUGA